AUGUCACUAUUUUCGGGUGCUGAUCAUGGACUUCGGAGGUUGAACCUAGGUAUUGCUUUGAUGCUAGCUGCAUCUGCUACAUCAGGGUACAACGCUAGUCAGAUCAAUAGUUUGCAGGUUCUUCCAGAGUUCAACAAGUUCUUAAGUGGACUUGAUUCCAACGCUACCGGUCUGAUCAUCGCCUCUGUUUCACUCGGUGCCUUCCUGUCUUUCAUUCCGGCCUCAUAUGUUGCCGACAAUUUCGGCCGGCGACUUUGCGUUAGUAUUGGUGCUACACUGGUUAUAAUUGCGGCAAUAAUUCAGGUUGCAGUUGCGCACCACUGGGUAUUUUUUGGUGCAAGAGUGAUUACUGGUAUUGGCGUUGGAUUUUCACAAACAGCGGCCCCGUUAUUGAUUGCAGAAACAGCACAUCCAAAUCAACGGCGGACGCUAACAGGUCUAUAUAAUGCGGUAUGGUUCUGCGGGUCAAUCACAGCCGCCGCGAUUGCCUUUUCCACAUUAUCCAUCCAAAAUUCUUGGUCAUGGCGAGUGCCUUGUUUAUUUCAAAUACUAUUUCCAUCGUUACAGAUAGCAGCGCUUUUCAUCAUUCCUGAGAGCCCGAGAUGGUUGGUUUCUAAGAAUCGGAAGGGGGAAGCACUGGCUUUGCUGACCCGAUAUCACGCAAAUGGACGUGCAGACGACAAGCUGGUUCAAGAUGAGUUUGAUCAGAUAUGCAUGAGCAUCAAUCAGGCGAUGGAUCAGGAGUCUGCCUCUCGGUGGUCCGCAUUUUUCAAAUCUCGGGGGGAUGUUCACCGUCUAACCAUAUGCAUUCUCUUGGGUUUUAUGCAAGAAUGGACUGGAAACGGUGUCACUUCAUACUACCUCCCUCCCAUCUUGGCCUCAGUCGGCAUUACCGAUGCAACCCACCAGGCCGCUGUCAAUAUAAGUCUCCAAAUUUGGAACUUAGCGUUCGCCGUAGCUGGAGCCAGCACCUCCGACAGAUACGGUAGACGAGUCCUCUGGUUAUGUGCGACGACCUUGAUGUUGAUAUUCUUAUCAACAUCUACGGUCAUGGCUGGCCUCUUCUCCGAGGCCCAUAUACUUGAGGCGGGAAUUACAGUGGUUCCAAUGUUGUUCCUAUUUUGUGCAGCAUACGAUUUUGCCUAUAUGCCACUUUUCAUCGCCUACCCAGCCGAGAUCUUACCUUUCCAACUUCGUGCAAAAGGCCUUGCAAUCACGCUUACUACAGAUUCAUUGGCUUGCUUCUUCAAUCAGUAUGUCAAUCCAGUGGCAUUUGCGGUGCUUCAAUGGAGGUAUUUCAGCAUCUAUGUCGGCUGUCUCGUCGUCGUCCUUGCUCUCGUUUACUUCUUCUUCCCAGAAACCCAGGGCAGAUCUCUUGAAGAUGUCGCCAAGAUUUUCGAGAGAAAAUUGGACCCCGCGGCCAUUAUGAGUGAUUCAGAUGGAUCGAAGCAGUCAUCUUACGUUGUCAAGUAUGAAUUAGAAUAG